UUUGGGCCCAUCAGUCCACUGCUAUUCUGGAAAAGGAAGCAGGCGGAACCCGCAGCAAUAACGGCGCCGCAUUUCAGAAGAGUCCGUCCAGGAUUUCCCCGGCCGCGCGAGUUCCCCGCCGGUGCCGUGAGCUUGAUCUCGCGAGAUGAUGGGUCCUCCGAAGGUACAAACUUCCCCCUUCGCUAAGCGCCGAGGUUUUGCGGUCAAAUUAAAUUCCGGAGUGCGGAAGUGACUCUGUGGCGCCACCUCUAAACGCCCAGAAGUCAACCCCCUUUGUACACGGAACGCUAGGCCUCCGACCGCUAUGGAUGGGCAGCAAGGGCAACAAAGCCACGCGACGUUGGCACUCGCCCAAGCUCACUUCGAGAAGGGCGACUACGCCGAGGCCGAGGCCCUGUAUUCCGCUUUCAUUCGCCAGUGCGCAGGUGCAGGCUCCGUGGGAGCGGCGCCCGGCAGCAAAUGCAGCCCUGAGGAUUUGGCUACUGCCUACAACAACAGGGGGCAAAUCAAAUACUUCAGGGUUGAUUUUUAUGAAGCCAUGGAGGACUACACAUCGGCCAUACAAGUCCAACCCACUUUCGAAGUUCCGUAUUACAACAGAGGGUUGAUACUGUAUAGGCUGGGAUACUUUGAUGAUGCUUUGGAAGAUUUCAAGAAGGUAUUAGACUUAAAUCCUGGAUUUCAAGAUGCUGCUUUGAGCUUAAAACAGACUAUUCUAGACAAAGAAGAAAAACAAAGAAGAAAUCAUUGAAAAAAUUUUUGCAAGUUUUAACUUAAUUAAAAUAUUGACUCAUGACCCUUAUAAUACCUGGCAUCUCAUUCUUUAUAAUGUAAAGUAGGUGUUGAGUAAUUACUAUUUUUUUUUUUUUUGGCGACAAG